UUGCGGAAUUCUUCAGAUUCUUGUAAGGAAAUCAGGAGGCUGUAUGGUUAUGAGGGCAACAUUGUUUUCACCGACAACAAAGAUAAAAAAGUUAAGACCUUUAAUCCCUUAAGUGCAACAGUCGAGACCUUGUUGGGUACUGGCCACGAAGGAACCGUUGAUAGAACUGAAGAAAGCUGCUCAUUUACACAAUUUCAUGCAAUCUUUUCCUUGUAGAAAAUUUUUUUUGUUUCCGAUAUAGCUGCUGAAACAAUCAAACUAGCUUCGGGGCUUACUGGCAAAGUGUCCUUUCUUCGCAACCUCGAAUGUCUCUGUGAUAGUUUUGGAAUUGGUGCACAUAAGAUCGACGCGGUCCAAUUAUCUCUUCAAGAUGCUGUGUGCAAUGUUUCAUCUGUAAAUGCUUAUAUCAAAAACACAGUCGCUGAAGUAAGGCAGCACUAUAAAAUGAAAGAAACGGCAACAAUAAAUGGCCCUGAAGGAACUGUUUCCAGCAAAACACAGGAAUCGUUGGUGCUUCUCGAAAGAGGUAUGGAACAGAUACGAGAUAACGUUAAGAAUGUAAACGAGGACUAUCUUGGUGACAUUGACCUGCCUACGCUGCUAACAACUCAGGUGGAGAACCUUCAUGCAGUCUCCCACUUCAAAAACGAGACUUUCACCGCUCUUCAGUAUGCUCAAGACUUUGGAACAAUUUUAAAGGAAUCUUUAAAGAGAACAACGAAGUGGGGUGCGAAGUACUUCACACUUGAGAAGUCUUAUUAUCCAGUGCCUAAAUCCAGUGUGGAGUUACGGGACGUAGAUUUGGUGAAACCUCCUACAGCUGAUAACGUUGACCCCAACAUUGAGGCAGCCAUGAAGGAAUUGGUUGACAGGUAUCGACCUGUCAAG